CCGGCGCCAGCACGCAGCCAUGGGAUCCACGCAGAGGAGUGCUCGCAGGCCCAGGGGACGCGCCUCGGCCACCGCCAGGGAUUCCACGCUGCUUCUCCUCUUUGUAUGUUGGCUUCUGCAGACCUGUGAGCCGAAAUCACCGAAGGCCUCCAAGCCAAACAUCCUGCUGAUCUUGGCAGAUGAUCUGGGCAUCGGGGAUGUUGGUUGCUAUGGGAACGAUACACUGAGGACCCCCAAUAUCGACCGGCUGGCRGGGGAGGGCGUGAGACUCACCCAGCACCUGGCGGCCGCCCCGCUCUGCACCCCGAGCAGAGCUGCCUUUCUCACCGGGAGAUAUGCCCUCCGAUCAGGAAUGGACAACGAUGAGUACCGGGUCCUCUACUGGAACGCGGGCUCCGGCGGGCUUCCUGCCAAUGAAACCACUUUUGCAAAAAUCCUAAAGCAGCAAGGCUAUGCCACUGGCCUCGUAGGAAAGUGGCACCAGGGCGUGAGCUGCGCAUCCCGCGGGGACCACUGCCACCACCCGCUGAACCACGGCUUCGACUACUUCUACGGGCUGCCCUUCACCCUGAUCAACGACUGCGACCCCGACAAGCCCCCCGACCUGUGGGUCAGCGUGGCUGCCCGGUGCAGCCGCUACACCCGAAUCCUGGCUCUGGGCGUCCUGACGCUUGCCGCCGCCAAGCUCAGCGGCCUCCUGUCGGUUCCCUGGACAGUAGUCGGGGGCGCGGCCGGCCUCGUCUUCCUCUUCUUCAUCACCUGGUUCUCCAGCUGCGGGUUCGUGCGUCGCUGGAACUGCGUGCUCAUGCGGAACCACCAGGUCACCGAGCAGCCCAUGGAUGUGGGGAGCAUCACCCGACGGAUGCUACAGGAAGCCACGGCCUACAUCCAAAGAAACAAGGACAGGCCCUUUCUGCUCUUUGUGUCCCUGCUGCACGUCCACACUCCUCUGGUGACCUCGGGAGCCUUCCUCGGGAGAAGCCGCCACGGUUUAUACGGAGACAACGUGGAGGAGAUGGACUGGUUUGUAGGUAAAGUCCUCCGUGCCCUUGACGAGAACGGUCUGAAGAACUCCACGCUCACCUAUUUCGCCUCCGAUCAUGGAGGGUUACUGGAGGCCACAGAAGAACACCAGCAGCUGGGGGGGUACAAUGGGAUCUAUAGAGGUGGCAAAGGCAUGGGCGGCUGGGAAGGGGGCAUCCGAGUGCCCGGGAUCUUCCGGUGGCCCGGGGUGCUGCCCGCCGGCCGUGUGAUCCAGGAGCCCACCAGCCUGAUGGACGUGUUCCCCACCGUGGUCCAGCUGGGGGGCGGCCAGGUGCCCCAGGACAGGGUGAUUGACGGCCGCAGCCUGGUACCGCUGCUGCGAGGAGACGUGGAGCACUCUGAGCACGAGUUCCUCUUCCACUACUGCGGGCAGUUCCUGCACGCGGCCCGCUGGCACCACAGGGAGAGUGGGAGGCUCUGGAAGGUCCACUACAUGACACCGAGGUUCCAGCCCGUGGGCUCGGGCACCUGUGGGGACCAGCAUCUGUGUCCCUGCUCCGGGGACGGCGUCACACAGCACAGCCCGCCCCUGCUCUUCGACCUCUCCAGCGACCCUUCCGAGGCCUGGCCACUGUCCCCCGACUUGGAACCGCUGUUCCACGCCGUGGUCCAGCACGUGGGCGAGGCCGUGGCGCGGCACCGGGGGACCCUGCGCCCUGUCCCGCAGCAGCUGACCCUGGGCAACGUCCUGUGGAAGCCCUGGCUGCAGCCCUGCUGUGGCACCUUCCCCUUCUGCUCCUGCAGAAGCGACGAUGGGGACAGCUCCUCCCAAGAGCCAGCACCAUGAGAAGGUGUCCCAGG